AGUGUGUUUUUAUGCCUAGACCAAGAUAGUUGUCAUCGUCCAUCGAUCGCAACAAAACGGAACAAAACGCAACGUCAGUUAAAAGUGUAUAAAUUGUUCAAAUAUUAUUUGUUUUGAUUUUUUUUUUUAUAUUUUUUACUGUCGUGUUUAUUUAUGCUAAAAUAAAAUAAUCAUAUAACGGAGUUUUUUAAAUCUAUGUACAUAGAUAUAUCAAAAAUUAUAAUUAAUAAUAACAACAACAUAAUAAAAAUUAACAUUAAUUAAUAAAUACUACAACUACAUACUUGUCGUACUACAACUACAAUAGUUGCAGCGUUUCGAAAGCAGCAGAGAGAAGUUUAUUCGCGUUUUAUUGUUGUUGUUGUGACGACGACCGACUGUAUUCAAUAGUCAAAUAACAAAAAAUAAAAAAAGAUACUUUUUGGAUAUUCAUUUCUGCCCUCCCCACUUCGGAAUAAACAUAUUUUUCCACUGUUCUAAAAAAAUGGAUAUGGCCGGCGGUAUACAUGAUCCAAAAUGGAGUUUGGAACGUCGGGAAUCAUCAGGUUUCUUAGUUUGGCGCAAAGAAUCGCCCAGUUCUAGAAUACGUUUUCGUUUGGAUGUUGAAGUUUUGGAAUUUGAAAAACAUCCACAUGAAGAUUACGAUUAUCAUGACGAUAAUGCUCUGACAAUUGGAAAUAUAUCUUCAACUGUAAUGCUGUGUGCCACCUGUGUUGCUGCAGUUGCUGUCAGUGUAUUUGUACCCUGGUAUUUAAUGGAAAAGGCGGCCAAUUUUUAAAAUUUUAAGUCCAGCUGAAGUUGAUUUCAGAACCGUGUAUUUAACAAACAAUGGAAAAGAACUGAUAUUUGUUACGUGUGAAAAAUGGUUGACUGGAACAGGGUUUUUGCCUUAAAAUCUUAUUGUAGAAAUAUUUAUAUUUUUAUACAUUUACUUACAAUCUGAAGAAGUUAUUAUUGCCUCAAUGGCUUAAAAUGCAAGAAAAUUUUGUAGUGUAUUUGUAUUUUAUGAGUAUGAACGUGUGAUGUGUCUGUGAUGGAAGUAACCUAGUUAUGAUUAGUCAGUAAUUUUAUUUAGUUAUAAAUGUAAUAUCCUAUACAUAUACAUACAUACAUAUGUACAUUCAUGUAUACUUACUUAUUAAUUAAUAAUAAUUGUAAAUGUAAUGGCAAUGAAAUAUUUGUUAAAAAACAUUUUGUAAAUUUUCUAUUGUAAUUAAAUUAGUAAGUAAUUUAAGUUAAAACUGCCCCAGUUGUAAAAUAUUUAUCCAAAAAUGUAUAAAGUUAAAAACAAAUAAAGAAGUUUUCAUAUACUUACAUAU